CGCGAUUUAGAACGCAAUCACGUCUGAAUCUGUUUACACAGGUUAACUUUCGGUUUCGUUACAUAACUGCGUGGACGUCAUCGGGUGCGGUGGAGUACAGGAAGGCGGGAGAUUCGAAUGAACUCACCAGAACACACCUCGAGUGACCGACUCAGCGCUGUCAGGGAUCAGGAAGAGCAGACACGCCAUGGACCCGGUGCAGUUUCUGACGCUGGAGGAGCUAACUCGGUUUUUUCACCGUAAGAAGACGGAGAUCUCCUGCAUGGAGGAACCGCACACCUUCCUGAACCAGCUCCGAGACCACGACCUGGUACCUGAGGACCUCUACAAGAAGGUAAUAAAGAUGAAGUGUAAAAGCAAAAGGCAGGAAGGUGUGUAUCAGAUUCUGGACUGGCUGGAGAAGGAGCGAGGAGAGCGCGUGAAGCUGUUUUGGACUUGUGUAUUUAAGAAUCACAUCCUGCAGAAAUAUUCGGUUCUCCGCUCGCUCCGGAACAGCCUCCUGGACGGCUCCUUCAGGUUUUAUAUGCAGCUCCCCGAUACGGAGGUACUAGGCAGGAAUGAGAAAGACCCAAUCCACAGCAAGGAAAAUAAAGCAAAUGGACAGACGGGUGGAAGAAAGAGAAAGAAAAGCAGUGAAGAAACGAACAAGCGGGAAGAACCAGGCCCUUCCCCUUUCUCUAAUAGUAACCGGAAGAAGCCAGCAAAGAAGCCCACAUUCACCAAUCCUUUAAAAAAAGGAGAGAAGGCGGAUAUUUGGAUGUGGGGUUUGUAUAAAACUCAGCUCCCUGUUACCUGCGGUGAUAAAGAAGGCAUUCUGUUUCGGGACAAACUGGCUAAAGGCUACAAGAGUAUCCAGUCUCAGGGUCGCUGGUUCAGUGCAAGCGAAUUUGAGAAGUUUGCUGGAAAGGGAAGCAGCAAGAACUGGAAACAGAGCAUUUCCUGCCAAAACACUCCACUGCAGAAGCUUAUAGAGGAGGGUCAUCUACAGUCUCCAAGUGCGAAAAGACGCUACGAUCAGAAGAAUCGGAAAAUUCAGCUUCCCGUCAGCUCUUUGGAAGCCCCCGGCCCCCAGUCAGCAUCCAGUGUAGAGACGGCGGGAUCGAGUGAAGGCCACGAGGAGGAGCGGAAAGCGAACCGUGAAGAAGGAGAGGAAGAAGACGGCGAGCCAGUGGAUCUGUCUACAUUUAAGGAUUUUGCUUUGAAAGUCAGCUGUGGCUCUGUCGGUGGGAUUUUAUAUAAAAGCAGAUUUGCAGGGUCGCACAGUAAGAGCAUCCGCACAGAGGAGCGCUGGUUCACUCCCGAGGAGUUCGUAAAGCAGGAGUCAACGCUGACAGACGGACGCUGGGAGAAAGACAUACUGUGUCACGGCAAAACUCUUAACUUCCUGGUGAAGAAGGAGAUCCUGCAUGUCCAUCCAGACCCGUGUCCAUGUCUUCUGUGCCGUUCUGACGACCCGCUGGAUCAGGAUAACGAUGACGUGUGCUUCAUUUGUAACUCUGCGGGAAAUCUGGUGUGCUGUGACGAGUGUCCACGAGCUUUCCACCAUCACUGCCACUUACCAGUGCUACAGGAAAGAACUCUCGGGGGCGAUUGGAUGUGCACUUUCUGUGUGUUAAAGGCUAACCAGGGAUUGUGGAUUCAAAUGACCAAUGAAGGUGUUCUGAACAGUCCUGUUUCCGGAAACAUUAUGCGUUGCGAGUAUUUGCUGUUGUGUUUGUAUAAGGCGGACUCACUGUGUGUGUUUACUGAAGAUCCCACUGCAACAGUGCCGAGGUACACCCGGGUGAUCCCUAAUCCCAUGUGGCUGGACCUAGUGAAGACCAAACUGCAGGACAAGCAGUAUAAAACACUGAGAGAGUUUGUGGGAGACGUCAGGCUCAUCUUUCAGAACUGCCGCAUUUUCAACGAGGAUAAUGAGUUUGGGAAGAUGGGAGCCAGACUGAGUGAGAUCUUUGAGCGCGAGUUCCACACCAUCUUUAAGAUCCAGUAGAGAUUCUCCUCUUUCACAACCCGGUCUAACUGGCAUUAAUCUCAUAAACUCCUAGCGCCUGUCUCUCAGUGCUCUUACUCUCAUAACUAUAUGACUGUUUAUACACUUUAAGAUGAAUAACUGAAUAAUAAGCUUUGAGUCUUUAAGAUUCAUUUUGGGUACAAAGUCCUGCCGUUAACCUAUAACGCAGCGCAUGUCUGAGCUUUUAGUCACAGACACGGCUUGACGAGUGGACGUGUAUUAAUUGUUCUUUUAAAUUGUUUUUAUGUUUUAAGAUUUUAUAUUUGAAUAUAGAGCAUUCAGUUUUUUCUUUGUGGUCUCGUAGGGUCUUUUAAAAAGUCAUUUACUUCCUUCUUACUCGCACCUUUUAUUGGUUUCUGCAUUCAUCAGACGUUUAUUUUCUGUUUCGCGCACUUACUGUAUAUGAACAGUCUUUUAUUCAUUCAUUUCAUUUUAUUCAUAUCACAUUAUUAGACGAUGUUAAUAAUGCAGUUGAUUUAUACAGUAUUGUCAGACUGUGUUCAGUGUUUCCAGACCAACAGUGUUCACGCGACUUUGUUUUUCAUUUUUACUGGACCAUCUGCAACAGUCGUUGUGUCUGCUCGAUUAUAUGUGGAAAUACGAGGUUAAAUACAUUAUAUGUAAUAACAUUAACCAAAAAUUUUGACAAGAAAUAAAGUAGAGGGUUUUUUUUAACUAUCA